CUACUAUUAAGCAUCAAAAGAACAAGUACAAUUCGUAUGCAGAGUCGGUGGUUUGUCCUUUUUCAUUUGAAUUUACAGCUAGCCGGUUUAUAUCUGACUUGAAAGUACACCGUACUUGGUUCUUCUAUUUGAUGAGCUCAGCUUCGUUGCUAGAUGCAUACUUUAAGACUUUCUAACUAGUCAAUCAAAGCUAAACAUCGAGCUAAUGUUUAUCACGAUGUGCUAGGAAAACAUGUUACUUUCAAAUACGCCUUCCCUUAUUUGGAGACGUACAAUACCCCAAGUUGUUUAAUUGGCAUUUUGUAAGACCAAUAGGAAUACAGUGGGAUUGAUUAGCCCAUGCCUUAACCACUAAACGCUCCUUUGCAGUUUUUAACGUGGAUGGGAAUUGUGGAACGGUGGAUAAGGUUGUUGCAUAGGUUGCGGUUGAUUUAAAGUGAUUUUUGUCGAUGGAUUUAAAAACCUUUAAAACAUUCUUAUGAGUUUUCAGGAAUAUAGUUGGUAUUCUUGAUGAUACCAUGCGGGCUACACCAGAAGGUGUUAGAGAUGCUGUCGAAUUGUUUUCUCGAGUUGUGUUUAUUUUCGGUAUCGAAACUUUGAUGGUAUACGGUCAGAAAGGGAAUGGCUGUGGACACACUAUGCUGAGUCAUGUGAGUGGCACUAUGGCAUCACUCAACUACCCAGGCACCUACCCCAACCACACGCAGUGUGAGUGGAGCGUGAAGGUUCCACAGGGCUUCACCCUGCUCCUCGCCUUCAGUGACUUUGACCUUGAGUGGAGCCAGGACUGCAGGUCUGGCUCACUCACCAUCUUAGACAAACAUGGAGCUGUGAAGCUGGGACCUAUAUGUGGCCAGCUGGCUACCUCAGAGAGAAAUAUGUCCAUGAGCAGCAAUGAAGUGACAGUGCAGUUUGUAUCUGGCAUGCACCGCUCUGGAAGAGGCUUCCUGCUGUCCUACUCAACUAACCAACAGCCAGACCUCAUCUCGUGUCUUCACCGAGGAAGCCACUACACCUCCCCACAGUUCAGCGUAUUCUGUCCUGGGGGCUGCAGAGAUGUCACAGGGGAGAUCUGGGGUCAGCAUGAGCAAGGCUACCGAGAUACCUCUGUGCUGUGCAAAGCUGCAGUCCAUGCAGGGGUGAUAUCAGACAGCCAGGGAGGCACAGUCACCGUGACACAGCAAAGGGGAAUUACACUCUACGAGUCAAGCUUUGCCAAUGGGGUCCUGUCCAGGACAGGUUCAUUGUCUGAUAAGAGGCUGGUCUUCAACAGAGCCUGUGACAGUGUGCUGUCGGUGAUGAGCUACAAUGCCUCUUCUACCAUGGAUGAGGUGGAGGCUUUGGGCUGGUCGCCAGAGCACAGGGGCUUCGGCGGCCAGUUCGUCCAGUGGACCAGCAGCAAACAUGAUCAUCAGCCAUGGCUCGAGCUGGAGCUCCAUAACCGGAGCAACAUCACAGGAAUAAUAACAAAGGGGAAGACAAACUUCUACAUUGAGACUUAUAUGCUAAUGCUCAGCAAAGACCGAAAAACCUGGAGAGCCUACAAGGAUGCAUUCAGCAAAGUGAAAAAGGUGUUUAAGGCCUAUUCUGAUGGCCACACAGUGGCCCUCAACAGCCUGGUUCCUCCAGCGGCAGCACGCUACCUCCAGCUUCGGCCCCUGAGCUGGCAUGGCCAGGCCUCAGCCCUGGUACAGGUGCUGGGCUGCUCCUCACCCCCUGUCCAGCCCCGCUCUAGUGUUGGUGGAUCCACCUGGGUGAAGCCGCUUUCCACACAAAUGGUGCUGCUGAAUCAUGUCUCCACUGAGAGUUCUGUGGUCAUUACAAGCUCAAGCUCAAGCCAGCCAUUGAUAUGGGUGGUAGGUAUGAUCCUGGGUGUGGCUCUGUGUGUUGGCUGUCUGGCAGUGGUGUUGGUGGGGCUCGUGUGGAAGAGAAGGAAAGGGGCUGUACAUAUAAAGAAGGGCAGCCUUGAGACAGGCUCUUAUGGCUUCCAUGGGAAGCAUAUGCCUUAUAGAGACUCAGAGCUCAUUUCCUACCCCAUGUCCAGGACCGUGCAUUCCAGCCUACCGAACCCUCCUCUCAAUGACUAUGCCGAGCCUGAUGUUUUAGCGGGUGGCCAGAAAGUGGGAAUCACCUUCCGCCCAGGGCAGGACAAGGGCUAUACUGUCCCAUUUGCUUUUAACCACUACGACACACCAGGCCAGCUCCCCGAGUACGCCGAGCCGCUGCCCCCUGAGCCUGAAUACGCCACGCCCUUCAGCGAGCAGUGUUCCAAUCCCUGCAUCUCGCUGCAGCUGGAGACACUACUGCCACACUCCCAGCUUCUCCCGGGGGACAGUUCCUGUCCAGAGCAGCCACAGUACGACUGCCCAGCUCACCGAGGCCUAUCUAAUGGGUACUGCGCUCCGCUCCUUGAUGGCACCUGCCCAAGCAGGGCUAGUGCGAUCUACGCGGAGCCCCAGCCUACCAAGCUCCUGUGAGUUACCACAGCAGCCCCUAGUGGAGAGUUGUAGCCAUGUGAAGCCUCUCGUGUUGCUGUUGCUUGGAACGUGAUGACUAUGAAUGGUAUGAAGAGACAGGUGGAGAGUAAGGGUCGAAUUAUACUUCUGUGAAUCUGUGAACGUCGUGUACAGUCAUUCACACGUAUCUGCUAACAAACCUGCACAUAUAGCACUUCAUGAGGCAUUUUGUUAAGUUCCAUUUCAGGUAUUUUCCCAAGCCCAGCAGUGUCAGAUGUACUUUCUGUUCAACCAGUCAGCAAUUAACUUAGGGACAUCACAGCAGACUAGCGUUAUGUAGUUCUGAUUUGCAGGGGGUGUGCACACAGACUCCUCUGUGAGCCUCUGUACCCUUGCCGCUUCUCCAGGUCUGUGCAAAUAUGCUUACGUCUUCACAGAAGUUUAAACCAGCCUUAUGACAAUCAGUGCCGUGCACUGUCAGUUCCACUUCAACCCCAACGACCUCAUGCACCGCCAAUUUGACAGUUAAGUAACUUGGGACAGGGAUGUGUUUCAGUCAGCUUUAAAGCACUUCAUGUUCGUUCUUGAUUGGGUCUGUCCAGAUAUUAAUUCAGCUAUGUAAGAAUAAUUACAGACAGAGCACCUUCAAAAUCACAAGUUUGUAACAGUGAAUUUCUUUGUUUAUGUUAUUGACUAAUGGCUGACACACUGAAUUGAGUCUGUUAUAUGAAGUUAAAUAUCUGGGUUUAUGAGAUUGUUUGGUGGCUCACUGACCUUUUGUGUAUUUAUUAUAUGAGUGUGACUGAAUGUUUUAUAAUUCAGGUUAAUCAGAAUAUAUAGUAAUCAGAUAAGUAUGUGCACAUGAUACGAAUAUGCUGAAAUAUAUAUGUUCCUUUUUAUUGCUGUUCAAAUAAAUUUAUAUGGCUUUUGAUAGGAA